GAUGCAGGAGCGUUUUGUCACAAGGCCAUUAUGAGGCCGUGUAGCAUUAGCUCUUGUUCGGCUACUCCCACUCCAGCUAUUCACAUUCAUCCAGCGCCGUGCCGUUUCGAGACGCCCUCCCCUGCCUGUUGUGCAGGUAUUUCCUAACCUUCCUUUUAUUUGUUUAUUUAUUUUCGUGAACUUUCAAGUUUGACACCAACAUGUUGCGGGGGGGCUCUUGGGUGGCGUUAUCUACCCGGUAGCUGUUGCUUCCUCCCUGUGAAGUCGGUGUGGUCUCCAUGACCCACCAACGAAACCCUCCACAUGCGGGCUGGCCUCUGAAGUUGCCACUGAAAACCGCCAGCAUCCGCGGCCCUGUUUCUGUACAGCGUGUGGUUCAGGUUUGCUCGGAGGCUACAGCUAUGAACGUGUAACCAUGACAACUGUCCUCUGAUUGGCUCUCCCGGCACGGGAAUUAACAGGGGCGUCAUCCAAUGUGAGCGCAGGACGCGCCUCGCGCUGGGAAAAACCUCGUGAUAACCCAGGCAGAGUGAUGCUGAAAGUGGCGACGUGAGGUGAGCCCGAAGGAAAUGACUGGACCCAAAACAAAGCACGAGCGAGGGGAUGAAAUAUCAGAAAUAAGCGCGCUUGAAUAAUGACGUUUUAACGUUUUGUGCCCGUGAGAAAACAUGUCCGGUCCGUCCACCACGCAGUCCACCAGCUGGCGCGGCUGAAAACCUCUCCUCCUCUGCUCCGGAUUGUGGAUUGUGACAAGUGCCAGGACCGCAGCCAAGCAGGAGCAGGACUACAACAGUUCCAGCGGAUUGUGACUCCGCUGCCUCUGAGCGGGAGGUCCCUCCAGUUUCCGCCUGACAGCACACCUCCCGGAGCCAAGACGUUGUUCCGCGUAGACCCGGGUUGCCCCAGUCCGAGCAGCGCAGUCGGUGUGGGAAGGUCGGCACUCGGCGUCCUGCAGGCCGGAGACAUGAUGGUCCACUGUGCCGGGUGCGAGCGGCCCAUCCUGGACCGGUUCCUCCUCAACGUGCUGGACCGGGCCUGGCACGCCAAGUGCGUCCAGUGCUGCGAGUGCAGCUGCAACCUCACCGAGAAGUGCUUCUCCAGGGACGGGAAGCUCUACUGCAAAAUGGACUUUUUCAGGCGGUUUGGCACGAAAUGCGCGGGUUGUCUGCAGGGAAUCUCGCCAAGCGACCUGGUCCGCAAAGCCCGCAGCAAGGUGUUCCACCUGAACUGCUUCACCUGCAUGGUGUGCAACAAGCAGCUGUCCACGGGAGAGGAGCUCUACGUGAUAGACGAAAACAAGUUUGUGUGCAAAGAAGAUUAUUUGAGCUCCGGGGCCAUCAAGGAAGUCAACUUGAACUCAGUGUCGUCGUGUACGGAUAGGAGUUUAUCGCCGGAUCUGCAGGACCCGAUACAGGACGACAUAAAGGAGACGGACAAUUCAACGUCCUCUGAUAAGGAAACGAACAAUAUUGAGAAUGAGGAGCAGAACUCGGGGACCAAAAGGCGGGGACCCCGGACCACCAUCAAGGCCAAGCAGCUGGAAACGUUAAAGGCCGCGUUUGUUGCCACGCCGAAACCGACCCGGCACAUCCGGGAGCAGCUGGCCCAGGAAACGGGACUAAACAUGCGGGUGAUCCAGGUUUGGUUCCAGAACAGAAGAUCCAAAGAGCGGCGAAUGAAGCAGCUGAGCGCUCUGGGGGCCCGGCGGCACGCCUUUUUCAGGGGCCCGAGGAGGAUGAGGCCCCUGGGAGGGAGGCUGGAGGACUCAGACAUUUUAGGACCUGGGGCCUACGGUUACUACGGAGAAUACCAAGGGGACUAUUACGGACCAGGAAGUAACUACGACUUCUUUCCCCAUGGCCCUCCGUCCUCGCAGGCUCAGUCUCCAGCCGAGUCCCCCUACAUCCUGGGCUCUGGACCCGGAGCCAUGGAGGGAUCGGGCCACCACCCUUCAGAUGACCAAAGGUUCACGGACAUGAUCUCCCACGCGGAAACCCCCAGUCCGGAGCCGGGCUUACCGAGCUCCAUGCAGCCCGUCCCGGGGGAAGCUUACGGGGGCGGACCCAGUCCUCCAUUCUCCUUGGCUAGUAACUCCAGCUACAGCGCUCCCAUGUCCCACCAAGGCCAGGAGAUGGGAGAGACCACAGCCUGGUAGAGGACGAAGCACAGGGACCAUUCCUGGGCUGAGUCCCAGCCCACUUUAUUCAGGAGAUGAAUGGAAAAAAGAAAUGUGAAAAAAGUACUACUGAAAUUUUUAUGGAGGACUUUUUAACGUCUCGGACUGAUUUUCACAUCCGAUGGACAUGGAAUCGAGAAUGGGACAGCUUGCUGGAAAGAGAAAUACUUGCUGCCCAGUAGACACUCCAAAGCGUAUCCCUCACUGGAUUACUGGACUUGAAUUAUUUUAAAAAAUGUCGCGAUUCCACCUAGCAAAAAUCGCCUUCCCCUUGACGUUAACGAAGGUUCAAAUGCUCUAGGAACACGUUAGAGAGAAACGCCAAAGGGGACAUCUUUAGUUCUCUUAAUUUCUCAACACUUUUUCUUUUUUUUUAAAUGUUGCUUCAAAGCAAUAUCCUCCCCCCUUUCGUUCAGUCGCUCUACAUCUGUCUUCACUAUCUACCUUCAGUGUCAGAAAGACAAAGGACCAGGUUUUAAUACACGCUUUAACGUUCACACACAAACACGUACGUAUGUGGCGAUCAGGGCAGGAAAUGUUCAGUCGAAAACGCUGCUUUAAACUGUGCACCUCUGUGAGACAGUAUGUCAGAUCCAAGGCUGCUCUUUGGUGGAAGCUGCACGCACACACACGCACACACACACUGGUAUUCACACCUGCAAACACACACACACAUUUCAGCUAUGAGUCCCUUAAUGCACUAUAAGCGUUCUUGAUCAUAGCUCUAAAGAAAGAUGUCUAUACCAUUAUUCAAUUCAUGUAGACAAUUAUGCAGACACUUGUACUCACACACACACACACACACACUCACUCUCACACACACACUCACACACACAUGCAGCCGGCCCUGAUAGUUCUGCACUGCUUCACCUGACCUUCCUUUUGUUACUGUCCCUGUUAAAAAACAUGUUUUAAUGGAAAUGAUUUUCAAAAGAACAUUGAACCCAUAAUGGAGGAUCUCCUUCAGCAGCUGAGGUCUCCUUCCUCUAAAGAGAGAAAACAAAAGAGGGGGCAGACAACAUCUGUGACACGACCACAGUCUGCUCUGAAGCACUCAUUGCCAUCUAGUGGCCUUAAAACACACAGAAUUAAAAAUCAAAGCAGCACACGGUCCUGCUGUGUGUACACGAACAUCUUCGUACUGCGCAGGAUGUGGUGAUUUUUUUUUUUUUUCCUUUUCUAGAUAAUACCAACAGAUAAUUCUGCAGUUUCGGGGCCAAGUGUCAUCAGGGUUCCUAUUGCAAAAGUCAGCCUUUGUGGAACUACAUUAAAAGAAAUAACAUUUUAAUUUGUCUUUGCAACACAGAAAGGAGACGUACAAGCCAAGUGAGCGGAUGUUAUUCAGUACGAAACCUCUCGAGAUUCCUCACGUCCAUCCCGUCUUUUGCUCAUCGUACGCAACAUUUGAACAGAUUUACCACUUAAAUUGCUAUUUGUUCACAAUGAGUUUACUUGGAAAUAUUGUUUCAAGAUGGUUUCCUUUUAACGUUGUAAAAGAUCCGGAGAGAAUGUGUCUUAUUUCUGAUGUGCUGAGAUAUUCUUGGAUACAAAAGUGUGUGUGUGUGUAUGUGUGUGUGUGUGUGUGUGUGUGUGUGUGUGCAUUUAAGGCAGGGGUGGGCCAAGGCUGUAUUAUUUCUAUGUAAAUAGCACUGGUAAUAAAACCUUCUCUUACAACU